AUGGAGGUCGCGCAGGCGCUAGUUCGCGCCGUCAUGCGCGCCUUUUACACAACCCAGGAGGUCCUGGUGAUCGAGGCACUGGCGACACACUCAGCCCUGCGUGAUGACGAGCUGGCCUAUCUCAUGAGGAUGAACAUCAAGGACAUGCACCGCCUGUGCGCCGGCCUGCGCGACGCCCGUUUCCUGGUCGUGCACACCCGCCCGGAGAUGCAGGAGGGCAAGACACGGCCGAUCAACCGGACGUACUACUACAUUGACUACCGGCAAACCAUCGACGCCAUCAAGUGGCGCGUGUACAAAUCCGACAAGGAUAUGCAGGGCAGCGUGCAACCCGCCGAUGAGAGCAAAGAGUACUCGUGCCCCCGCUGCCACGCCCAAUGGACCCAGCUCGAGGUGCUUGACUCGGCCGGGCCGGCCGGCUUCACCUGCCAGCGGUGCGGCACCGUGCUGGAACGCAACAAAGAAAAAGAAGCGCCGGGCCACCAGCAGCUCUCCCGCAUGAACAACCAGUUCAAGUUCAUGACCGACAUGCUCCAGGAAGUCGACCGCGCCGUGAUCCCAGAGUGCAACUUCGACAAGGCCAUGGCCACCCACCGCCCCAUCGUGCGCGCCGCCACCCACGAGGUCCUCGCCAGCGUGCCCGUCGACCCGGCCUCCCUCGGCAAACCCUCGGCUGUCAAGGGCCUGGCGAAUGUCGGGCCCAAGACGAUGCACGUCACCAUCUCCGAUAACAACGAACAGGAACGCAUCGAAGAGCGCAAGCGCAAGGAGAGACUGCUCAAGGAGAAUGCGCUACCGUCCUGGAUCACCGACAGCUCUGUGCCGACCAUCACGACAACCAUGCCUUCUACCACGCAGCCUCAGAACCAGUCCUUUGAGAUGAAGGAUGUGGCUGAUGGAGAUACCGCGCUCCCCGCGGCCAAGAAAGUCAAGUUGGAGACGGGCGCGGCCGCGGCGGUGGAUAGUUCGACGGCGAUGAGCUUCAAGAUGGAGGACGAAGACGAUGAGGAGUUCGAGUUUGAGGAUGUUGUUUGA